CGACAGCUGCGUCCCUUUUUAUAUUCUUCUCGAACCUUCUUGCCUCCGUAGUUUUCUCUCUAUUCUAGGGUUUCUCAUUCAAUCUUGAAGUCUAUUGGAUAGAUAGAAGUGGAUCUCAUAAAUGGCAACGAAGAUUGCUCGCCUGAUUCGUCGUCCAGUCUCUACAUUAUUUGUGCUGAGAAGUUGUAGGCAUGUUCGAAACUUCAGUCAACAUAUUUUGCCAGGUGGUCCAGUUCUUUCGAAGCCUGUGAGGGAAUUAUGCAGGGAAGUUGUUGGCUUCCUUCAGAAGGACUCUCCUUACUGUGUAUGGAUUAGGUCGUUUUCUUCGGACAAUGGUGACCUGGUUGAUGCGGUUGUCCCAUUCAUGGGUGAAUCUAUUACUGAUGGCACUCUAGCAGCCUUCUUGAAGAAAACUGGAGAUAGUGUAGAAGUUGAUGAGACAAUUGCUCAAGUUGAAACUGAUAAGGUCACCAUUGAUGUUGCAAGCCCUGAAGCUGGAGUUAUCGAAAAGUUGGUGGCCAGGGAAGGUGAUACUGUGGUGCCAGGAACCAAGGUUGCUAUCAUUUCCAAGUCAGGUAGUGGCACAACACAAGCUCCAUCAGAGAAGAAACCAGAGAAGGAUGUGCCUCCGCCUUCUCCACCCAUGGAGAAGGCGGCGCCUAAAGUAGAAGCUAGCAAAGAGAAGCCUAAAGCACCUUCUCCUCCACCUCCUAAAGCCUCAGCUACAGAACCUCAGCUUCCUCCCAAGGAAAGGGAAAGGCGAGUUCCUAUGACAAGGCUUAGGAAACGGGUAGCCACUCGUUUGAAGGACUCUCAGAAUACAUUUGCAAUGCUGACAACAUUCAAUGAGGUUGACAUGACUAACUUGAUGAAGCUCCGAUCUGAUUAUAAAGAUGCCUUUGUCGAAAAGCAUGGGGUGAAGUUGGGCCUUAUGUCUGGAUUUGUGAAAGCUGCUGUCAGUGGCCUCCAAAAUCAGCCCAUAAUCAAUGCGGUCAUUGAUGGAGAUGACAUCAUUUAUAGAGAGUAUAUUGACAUCAGUAUUGCAGUCGGCACUCCUAAGGGUCUUGUUGUUCCAGUCAUCCGCAAUGCGGAUAAAAUGAACUUUGCUGAAAUAGAGAAGGCAAUCAACAGUCUUGCAAAGAAAGCAAAUGAUGGAACGAUAUCAAUCGAUGAGAUGGCAGGGGGUUCAUUUACAAUAUCCAAUGGUGGUGUCUACGGAAGUCUUUUGAGCACGCCAAUCAUUAAUCCCCCACAGUCGGCCAUCCUAGGUAUGCACUCGAUUGUGUCUCGUCCGAUGGUUGUUGGCGGAAACAUUACACCGAGACCAAUGAUGAACAUUGCUCUCACAUACGAUCAUAGGCUCAUUGAUGGAAGAGAGGCAGUCUUCUUCUUGCGUCGCAUCAAGGAUGUUGUGGAAGACCCUCGCAGGCUUCUCCUUGAUAUAUGAGCAGAAGCAGGCACCACCUCAGCCAUGCAGUCUGACAAGAAUACCUUGAUUCUUGCCGCAUGGGGAAUAAUUCUUUUUGCUUCAAAUUAAAGUUUUGCAGGCUUUAUUAUGUUGGUAUAUUUUCUCUUAAACGAGUUUAGAAUUGUGGGCCACCAUGAUUGAAUUUGAAUAUUUGAAGCCUCAUAAUGUUUUGAUUCGGGUUUUUGUAUGUUUCUGCAUUUGAAAGCAGAACCUUGAACCAUGCAUGCUUUUUAGCAUUUUGGAUGCUACUCAAGUUAUAUAAGCACACGCAUUUUUCCGUUUUCUA